CUUCUGUCAUGUUUUAUGUUUUUAUUUCUUGUUAUAAAUACACGUGCUUGUUCAGCAGCACACAAAUUGAUUUUGCACCAACUUAUUCGAUAAACCAGUUGCAAUGAACAAAAAGCGCGUUUCUCGUAAACUGAAAUCGUCCUGGCGUAAGCAUAUAGACAUUUCGGAUGUUGAUCAAUUUCUGGAAGAACAGCGGCAAGAUGAACGUGUCGGUGGUCAACUCGCGGAUAAGCCUAGCGAGGAAUUGUUCACUGAGGAACCAAAACCGGGCAAACCGAAAACGACGCUACGUGAAGCAAGGAAACUUAAAUUCGCAGAACUUCCUAGAUCGCUUUUACCGCUUGUGAAUACGUCGAGCGUCACUGAUCCGAUUGUGAAGCGCAAUAUUAAGAAAAACAGAGAUCCUAGAACGCCGGUACUGCAAACACCGGUGCGGAUAAAAAGGAAGGGCCGCCCGAGUGGCAUAGCGAAAGCCACAUCGGAGGAUAUCUGGGCGAAGGACUAUGUGCCGGGGGAGCUGAAAAGCGAAUGGAUCGGGAAGGAAUUGUUACACCAUACACUUCGGCACACGGGCAAACCGUUGGUGACGAAUUUGCCGGCCCGGAUGGACAAACUCCAGCGUAAUUUCCCGCUGAAGAAAAAACUUCCCAACGAAGGCAUCAGUUACAAUCCGGCGAUUGACGAUUAUCUUCAGCUGAAGGACAAGGUAGUUAAGCAGGAGCAAGCCAUCAUCAAGAAGGAGAAACAUAUCGAACGUGUUUUAACGAAGAUGAUUGUAAAGAUGACCCCCGAAGAAAAGCAUCUGGCGACGGUAAAAGAAAUGUCCGAAGGCUUGACCGUGGCAAAGUGCGAAUCAGACACUGAAAAUCCUACUGAUGAAACCGUACCAGUAGCAGUUGUAGCAAAGGCCAAGAAGCCCAUAACAAGAGCCAAGAAACGGUUGCGUGAACUGCAACAGCAGGAAGAGAAGCUAAUCCAGCGCGAAUUGAGUAAACUCGAGGAGAUCGAUCAUGUGGACGACAUUAACAAGGAUAUAGAACUGAACGAACGAAAAGCUAUAUAUAAAGCAAAGAGAAAAGCAAACAAGAGACAGGCGUUACGGGAAAAAAUUGACUUGCCGAUUGAUUUUGUCCCACCGCAGCAAUUGUCGGGUAACUUGCGAACGAUAAAACCACUGAACAAUUUGCUAGCCACCGGUCUGCCCAAAGUACGGAAGGUCAGCAUCCUGAAGAGAACACGCGCUGAAGUAGAGCGUAAAAAGCGUCGCGUCAAAACAGUGCGCUACAAGCGCAGUUCACACAAGGAAUUGGUACACGAAGUUGAGAAAUAAUCAAUAAAUUUGUAAUCGAAAUAAAUUGUAAUUUAGGGACACGGUGUGGGUGGUAUCGGUGUCGGUCUAUCACACGACAGGACCGGCAUCAAAUUAUCAUCUGGGCCAUACCCCCGAAGCAAAGAUUGGUGAUUUUCUUUUAAUUAUUUGAACGAAAAUUGCUUCUACUUGAUUACGUUAAUAAAACCAAUAUUAUAAUAAACUAUCAUUUGCAUAGUUGCAUGUUUAUUUGGACAACAAUAAAAAGUGAAAUUUUAAGUGCAGAAUAAAAAAAACCAAUUAUC